AUGAGCGCCCUCACGAUAACCGGCAGACGCUCUGCCUUCUUGCUUCCGUCCAUAUCACCAUGGAGAACCCUCCAGCCGUGCAAAAUCACGAUCCCAAGCCCUGCAACACACGCACGAUUACGCUCCACGACCGAGUCGUUACCAAGAAUCGCCCAAACCUCAUUAUGGACAUCAAUGGUUCCUAAAUUCCUGAGAAAUCGCGGGUCACAGUCAACGACAGAACAGAAGCAGUCGGCGACUUCGGCGGAAUGGAAUCCAGCAACGUUUUACAUCAUCAUCUUCAUCCUCAUCGGCUCGCAGGCCAUUCAGAUGCUGGUCUUGCGAAAGGAUGUUGAGAACUUCGGCCGACAAGCGGAUGCGAAAAUACGGCUGUUAAAUGAGGUUAUCCAACGAGUGAAAAAUGGAGAGGAGGUGGAUGUUGAAAAGCUACUAGGAACAGGAAACGAGUCGAAGGAGAGAGAGUGGGAAGAAGUUCUCCGAGAGAUCGAAGAAGAAGAUUCAUUGUGGCGCCAAAAAUCAGGCAAAUCCUCAAACCCUACGACCGAGAAUAAAAGUCAAGACAAAUCUCCGAAAUCGACCAGAAACGAUUCGGACCAGCCUCAAAGCGCGAAUAGCGCCCAUUCUUCAGCAGACACUACUGCUAAGGAGGCCCGCUUUUACUAA